UGUCAGCUGAAGGCCUUUGGUUGUUUUCAGAGGACUGUGGGUGGGAACCUCUGCUGGCUCGUGCAUGACCUCGUCAGCCAGCUGCUUUCAGAGUCUGCUCACCCAUCAGCCAAAAAGCUCUGGCUUUCAGUUCUGUGCGCAAGAUCUAACUGGGGUCUGAGGAUUAAAUGGGAUAGCAGGGCUACACGUCAGGCUGACCGUACUUCCCUACCCUCAGGAAGCUGGAAGGGAUAGACGGCCCUCGAAGUGGGAGUCUGACAUGCUUGGGGACAAGGUCAGCACUGGGGAAGAGAUCUUCGAUCUGAUAGCAAGAGCCAGGCAGGGACCUGCUGGAGAGGCAUUAGAGGAAUACUUGCUUCUGCAUGUUGGGUGGCUCACUCCUGUCGUAGGGGUGCAGCAGUGGAGGGGAGGAGAGACUGGGGAGACAGAAGAGUAGGGCAGGUGGUCAGGUGCGACAUUGAGGUGUAAGAAGUGAUGAGGAGGGUUAUUUAGUUAAGAAUAUGGGCAAAUAGAGUAGCCAGAGCAUAGAGUGCCGCGGAAGACGAUAGGUGGCUAACAGGAUCGCAGGUCAGAUGGGAGCGGGUCCCGGGAGCAGCCAGCCUAUUCUUGCUUGGGAGACUGAGGGAGGAAGAAAUAAGAAAAAGUACGUGUGUAGGUCUGCGUUUGGGUGGGCCUCUCGGUGGCACAGCUGAAGUGCUGCCUGUGGGUUUGUGUAGGCUUCACCACUGGCUGUGUUGCUUAAACAUAGUCUUUCCCAGAACACCUACUCCCUGCCUCUACCUGCCGCUGCCAAACCUCCAGGCCUCUGACGGUGGUGAGGGGCUUUCCUUGGGAGGUGUCCAUGAUGUUUGGGCUUGAGCAUUAGUGACCUGUGAAGGGGAAUGUGAGGGCACAGCUCUCUCGGGCCCUCACUUGACCCUGGGCUCAGUGAUGGAGGAACAGCAAGUCCUCGCCCUCUGGUCCUUCAGGACUUGCAUAGCUCUAUGUUGCUCUUGUCCUUGUUCAGUCGGGUUGAGAGAGCACUCCCAGGGUGGAUGACUGAAACUGUUUUGUCUGGGCUCAUUGCCCACACGCCAGUGUCCUGGGGAGUGAGGACAGAAACCUGAGCGGCUCAUUUCCAGCUUGUGCUCCUCACCCAGGCUCAGACAAUGGUUUUCCCUUCCCAGUUGGUAAGAAUUUCUAGAAUGUGAAGAAUUCCCCAGAAAGAAAAGUGGUUUUAUACUCUUCCUUCUAUAUCGAGGCUUAGUAGAUUCCUGUCUUUAUGAUUUCAGGGCUAGACUGGGUUAUUCUUGGGGCACCAAUGUGUACUCAGGAGACUCUUGGGACGAAGUUUGUGGAGCGUGUGAAUGACACCCCAUUAGCUGGUGGAUGGCAUCCAUGUUGGCUGGUGUUUGGAGUGUGUGGAUGGCACCUGUGUUGGCUGGUAUGUGGAGCUUGUAGAUGGCACCCCGUUGGCUGGUGUGUGGAGUGUGUGGAUGGCACCCCGUUGGCUGGUGUGUGGAGUGUGUGGAUGGCACCCCGUUGGCUGGUGUGUGGAGUGUGUGGAUAGGCACCCCGUUGGCUGGUGUAGAAUAUGGAACGUGUGGAUGGUACCCCGUUGGCUGGUAUGAGGAGCGUGUGGAUGGUACCUGUGUUGGCUGGUGUGUGGAGUGUGUGGAUGGCACCCCGUUGGCUGGUAUGAGGAGCGUGUGGAUGGUACCUGUGUUGGCUGGUGUGUGGAGUGUGUGGAUGGCACCCGUGUUGGCUGGUGAUGUAGAAGACAUUUUCUUUGGCAGCCACUCAGCCCUUGACUAAUGCCACCUGGUCUUCCAGUCCUCUAACAGAGCUGUGUGACCACCUUUGUCAGUUCAGCGCCUUCUCGAAUGCCCACAAACCCAACCUUGAGGAUUCUCUAUGGGAGAACAUGGUUUCCUUCCUGUAAUCAAGCUGCAAAGAUGUAGGCAUCAAAGUUGGAGCCUCAUCAGCAGUUCCAGGAAACAAAUUAGAGUCCUAAAACUGAGAACAGCAGAGGAUAUGGAAUUCACCUCCACAUGUUUUUAGAAAUAAAAGUUGGCCUCUUCUAAAAUUGUUUUGAAAAUACUGCACAUAUAUAGUUUUUGUUUUUUCAAGACAGGUUUUUUUUCUGCGUACCCUUGACUGUCCAGGAACUCACUCUAGACCAGGCUGAUCUUGAACUCAGAGAUUAACCUGCCCCUGCCUCCUGAGUGCUGGGAUUAAAGGUGUGCCCCACCAUAGCCUAGUCACUAACUUUAUUUAUGUGUCUGCCUAUAUGUGGAUAUCAUGUGGGUGCAGUGCCUGUGGGUGCCAGCAGAGGACACUGGUUGCUUGGAACUGAAAUUGACAGGCAGUGAGUUGCCGGUUGUGGGCUGAGAAUUAAACUCAGAUUCUCUCUAAGAACAAGUUCCACCCAGAAUGACACCUAGGUAUCUGAAUGACGCAAGGCCAGUAUUCUACCCUGAAGCAGGUCCCUGUAGGUGUUUUGAUAAUGAUCUCAGUGUUUUCUUAGAAAGUGAGAUUUCUCUGCUGUUAAUGUAGCUCAUUGCCAAUGUCAGCUGACCUCUGGUGAGGCUUUUUUUUUUUUAAGAUUUACUUAUUUAUUAUGUAUACAGUGUUCUGCCUGUUGUGUAUGCCUGCAGGCCAAUUAAGGGCACCAGAUCUCAUUAUAGAUGGUUGUAAGCCACCAUGUUGUUGCUGGGAUUUGAAUUCAGAACCUUUGGAAGAGCAACCAGUGCUCUUAACCUCUGAGCCAUCUCUCCAGCCCUCUGGGGAGGCUCUUGCGGCAGAUGGCAAGUGCAUAUGUAAGUGAGAGUGAUUAUAUCACCCAAUAGGAAGCCAGAAAUUCAGGGGUGACCCCUGCAAUAGUCCUUUCCAAGGGUAGCAACUUCAGUGACAUAAGGACCUGCAAGUAGACUCUGACUUACCUCUUAAAGAUCUUUUUAAAAUUUAAAAAAUUUUAAAUGGCACCUCCACCCAUGUGUGUGUGUUGAGAGGUUAAAAAACAAUGGUCACAAACGCCUGUACGUUAUCCUUUCCAAAUUGAGGCGAAUGGAUCUUUCUGUCACUCUGCUCCCACAACCUGCCUCCUGCAUCUCAUGCACCCCAUUAAUUUCACACUGACACUUCUAGCCUGACAUGACCCCCUCCUUUUCAGUAUACUCCCCCUAUUCUAUCCUAACCAUACACAUUCUGAAAGCACUGCCCAGGGACUCCUGGGACCGGGCCUCUGGUGGACUCCUGGCCUCGCGCUGUCAAGGUGGGUCUUUGGGAGGUAAGAUCAGCAGAAAGGGCGCCCUCAGGUAGCAACUGCCUUUCGCCUGCCUGGCACUUUCAAGGGCAGAAGAAGAAGACUGAACCCAGACCCGAGAUGGAGUCCAGGCUGGUUCUUGGGGUCUCCAGGGCAUCGAAUGGGUAGGGUAGAUGCCCUGUCGUCACAGUUUGUGUAAAUGCCUUUCACCUAUGUUCUUGUUCGGGUAUGUCCAUCAUUACGCCCUUAGUCUGCGCAAGUGCAGUCACAGUAGUCCAACUUCCUUUCCUAACAAAUGCCUCUCAGUAGUAAAGAUCAUCUCAUCAUUUCUACUUUUUGAGACUAGCUCAGGCUGGCCUUGAUCCCAAAGCAAUCCUCCUGCUUCAGCUUCCUAAGUGCCGGAAUUACAGGCAUGAACCACCAUGUCUGACUUAACUCACUACAUUUUAAUAUUUAUAUAGUCUUUGAAGGCAUAAGCAGUUAGCCUCUGUACCUCCCUGAAUAUGCCCGAUCUUGUCCGAAGUUAUGAGCAGACUAUAAAUCACUAAACCCUCCUCCAUUGGUGAAUAUUCAAAAAUGCAGGUAAGUGUUGUUACCAAUGUUUCAGUAUCCACCUUUAUGUCAAUGGGCCAGUGAUUCUGGUGAUUUGGCUUUGAUUUGAUUUGAUGUGGUAUUUAUGGCAGAAAAAAAAAAAGGACAGCACUCUGUCUUUUCCUUAGACAGGACUCCACUGCUGCCUGAGUCACAGCUACCCUUGUGACAUCAUGAGUCACCCUCUGCUCUCAGCUCAUGCAAAUCCUGGAGCAGCACAAACCUGAGGGGAUUUGAACCAUCUACACCCAAUCCAUGUAUGAACAAUGGAUAAAAAACAGUCAAAGCCUGAAGAUCUUAAAGAACCUACUGGCCAUGUUCCUCAGGAGAAGCAGCCAGAUGAUCUAUCCUCAGACACAAAGAAGGCAAAGCCCCAGAAAAAACAGGAUCUCACUGACAAGACCCUAGUUAUAAAGAUCCAAGCAUGGUGGCGUGGCACACUGGUCCGUCGGGCGCUGCUGCAUGCAGCCCUCAGGGCCUGGAUCAUCCAGGGCUGGUGGCGGCUAAUCCUGCCGAAGAUAAUGGAGAAGAAGCGUCAGUCGGUACUGGAUGCCUUCCAACGGGAACAGUGGGCAGUGGUCAGGGUGCAGUCCUGGAUCCGCAUGUGGCGAGUCCGCAGGCGGUACUGCCAGGUGCUUAGGGCUGUCCGGAUCAUCCAGUCUCACUGGAGGUGCCACAUCUGCGCUUCACGGGGUGUCAUCAAGGGCCACUACCGAAUUACGGCCAGCCAGAUGCAUCUUGAGCUGGAGAUCUUACUGGGCUCGGGGCCUUGUAUCGUGUCCGAGUGUAUUCCCCUCCCAAUAAAGCAGUGA